UGUCACAUAAGAAAUUAGGCUGUAGAGAAAAAUCUCUGCACUGUCGUUUUACUAGAACUCCCUCUCAUCCUCUCCCCCAAACCCCUGAUCGUUCCAUACCUCGCAAGGACCAUUGGCGUCCCUCUCUCCAUCUCUCUUUUUUCUCUCCCCCACACACAUACAAUGCAAGUGGCCUCAAAGGCUCGCCGAGGGGCUAGGGUUUUGGGAUCUACUACUCCGACUCUAUUCAUCUCAAAGCGAGUGCAAUUUUCUAAUGUUGAAGUUAUCGAAGCUUCAUACAGGUCUUCUCUAUGGCGUAGUUAUCACGGAACUAUUCACGGAAAUCACAUGCCAUUCGCAUUGAAAAAUUGGAAAAAAACAUUGCAAUAUCCAAUGUGGUCGAUGAUGAUAAUGCCAAGGAUCUCGUUUUCUUCAGGAGUGAAUACAAAUGAAAGCACACCUACAGAGGCUGUAAAGGAAGUGUAUGAUAAAAUACUUAAGUCUGUAGUAGAGCAAAGGACUGCGCCUCCGAAUGCUUUGUUGUGGUCACUCAUUGAAAAAUGUUCUAACCAUGAGGACAUUAAACAUCUCUUCCAAAUUUUGCAGAGACUCCGAAUUUUUAGAUUGUCGAAUCUUCGCAUUCAUGAUGAUUUUAACUGCGCUCUUUGCCGAGAAAUUACCAAGGCAUGUGUACGUGUAUCGGCUAUUGACUUUGGUAAAAAGGCAUUGUGGAAGCAUAAUGUGUAUGGCUUGAGUCCUACUAUUGGAUCUGCCCACCAUUUACUGAUGUAUGCUAAACAGAAAAAUGAUUCUAAACUCAUGGUUGAAAUAAUGAAACUUCUGAAGAAGAAUGACCUACCCUUGCAGCCUGGUACAGCAGAUAUUGUUUUCAGAAUUUGUUACAACACGGAUAACUGGGAGUUGAUGUCUAAAUAUUCAAAGAGGUUCGUCAAAGCAGGAAUUCAAUUAAGGCAAACUUCCUUUGACACGUGGAUGGAAUUUGCUUCCAAAAUAGGAGAUAUUGAUUCUUUAUGGAAAAUUGAGGAGCUGAGAGCAGAAUCCAUGAAGCAGCACACUCUUGCAACUGGCUUUUCAUGUGCUAAGGGUUUUCUACUUGAACAUAAACCAGAGAAUGCUGCUGCAAUCAUUCAGGUCCUCAAUCAGACUUUAUCUGAUGCAAAGAGGCAGGGUAUUAUAGUUGAACUUCAAAAGCUGGUCAGCGAGUGGCCUUUGGAGGUUAUAAAACAUCAAAAAGAUGAGGACAGAAAGGCAUUGGCUGCUGCAUUACAAAAUGACAUCCCGGCUAUGGUUAGUAGUCUAUUGAGCAUGGGCCUAGAGGUGAAUGUGAAUAUGGAAGACUUCACGAGAGAAGGCGUUUUGUGUUGAGAAGUAUUGUGGUCACCGGAUAUUUACCUCGACAACCUGAAGGUCUGUCUAUUUGCACUUUGCUCUGCAAGAGAAAAGCUACUGUGUUGCAGCCACCAUUUCUCUAUACCGAGGGUUGAACACUACUGUUUUCGGAAGGUUGAAGUUUUCAUGUACUGUUGAUUCAUACAUUUGUAUGGAGCUCGUGCCUUCUCUAGUGAGUAGUGAUAAGACUGUCAACGAAAAUUUUGAUGGCUAAAAAUUGAAUGUUGGUUUAAAAAAUUCAAUCGAUUCGGAGUAUAGACAAUUUAUUUUAAUUAUGUACAUCCGAAUCUACUACAAUUUGACACUUGUCCUGAUAUAGUCGAAUCCAAAGAUGUUUGG